GCCUUCACCGUCGCCGUCAUACAAGAACUUUUCCACUGCCGGAUAUCGAACGUUACUCCACGCCGGCCAUCAUUAAAGCCAUUAAAUAACUAAACGACCAAGUUUUCUGAGACUUGUUAUAGUAUCAGAAUUGGUUGGGAAAUUUUCAUGUUGAAGUAAUUCAGAUGAAGAAGUUAUUCUUUUUCAAAUCUUCCUCCAACAAUGGUAGUAGUAAUGUGGAUUCUCCACCCUCAACAGAGAAGCAGGUUUACUGGGAGAAUCCAUUGGAAAGUGGUAGCCCCAGAGGGGCGUUUCUGAAAUCUAGAAAACAAUUAUCUGAAAGCAAUAGCUCUGUUAGUGGUUCACGUCUCCGAAGGAGCCGCUCCUUAUCUUCAGCUGCCUUUCUUGUAGAUGGAAACAGGUCUCCUAGUAGUGCCAGUAGCACCCAACAACAACUACACAAACAUUUGCCUGGUGGUAGGGGUCUCAAUCGAGAGAGGCAGUCCAGGACUAAACACAGUGAAAUCGGAGAAAUUCUUGCAGCACAUGCACUAGAGCAGCCUGGUUCUUCUGGGACACACCAUGAUUCAUCCAGUAGCUCGUCCUAUUGCUCAAGCAAUGUCUCAACCACAGUUAUAGAUCGGUACAUUGAGGGAGAGGAGCAGCUGGAAAGGAGCAGGCCCAAGAACAGUUCCCAGAGAAAUAAUUCUGGGAGUGGGAAUGGUUGUGGGAGGCUUCCUCCAAAAGUUCAUUAUGCUGCCUCCAUCUUAACAACAGAUAGUUCCAGAGAUAAACCCAGGUCUCAGUCAUUUAGGGAAGCCAAAGGUACUUGUCUUCACUUUUCCUCCAGAGACUGGGUGGAAAAUGGAUUUGGCCAUGAAUCUCCUCGUAGCCUUGCAAAGAAUGUCAUCGAGAAGCUCUCUCAGACUCGCACUUUUCCCAGGUCAAAUUUAAAGGAGCCUAACCAUGAUGUCCCAAUCACAAUUGAAGAUGUUUAUGGUGGUUCCUUGAAUAGAUGCCUCGAUCCAGAUCUGGAUGUGCUCAUCCAAAAAAGUCAUGCAUUUGAUGGACCUUACAAAACUGUUAAUAGAAGGAAUGAUUACAGCGGCCUCAAGAAGCAAGAUUGUUACUUUACAGUCAAUCCUGAGGGUUUAAACUCUUUUGAAGAAGAGGAUUUAGAUGUGGAAUUAGAAAGAAAAUCUAAGGAGGCUGAGGAGAGGGUCAUGCUUCUUUCUGAACAGCUCGAGGAAGAAAGCUUUCUUCGCGAUAGUGGGAUUGAUAUUCCAUCACUAAUCCAGACCAUUAGGCACUUAACAGAGGAGAAAUUGAACUUGGCACUUGAGGUUUCAGGCCUUCUACAGUCUCGAAUUUUGGACAGGGCUUCUGCCAAGGAAGAACUCAUAAUGGCAAAGGUGGAUCUAGAGUCACGGACCAAAAAACUUGAGAAGGAAAAGGAUGAAUUGCAGCUGGGGUUGGAGAAGGAGUUGGAUAGAAGGUCAGGUGAUUGGUCAGUAAAGCUUGAGAAGUACCAGUUUGAAGAACAAAGGCUUCGUGAGCGAGUUAGAGAGUUAGCAGAGCAUAAUGUUUCACUUCAGAGGGAAGUCUCAUCUUUUAAUCAGAGGGAAACAGAAAGCAGGAGCAUGAUAACAUAUUCAGAACAACAACUAAAGGAGCUGACCAAAAGAGUGGAGGAGCUAAGUAAUGAGAAUCAGGAUUUAAGACGAAACCUCUCUGAGGUACAGGAGAAGUAUAGGGCAACAAGUGAAGAUGUAAAUUGCAUUAAAAGAAAUUUUGAAGAGAAGGAGAAUGAAUGCAAGGAGUUGCAAAAAUCUAUUACAAGAUUGUUGAGAACAUGCAGUGAACAAGAGAAGACAAUUGAGGGGUUGCGAGAAGGAUAUGCAGAGGAACUUGGGAAGAAGCACUCAUCUGAGCAAUUUGAUAAGCAGGUGGCAAAAUUGCAAAUGGAGCAGAUGAGGUUGACAGGAAUAGAAUUGUCUUUGAGAAGGGAGUUGGAAUCUUACAGGGUUGAAGUUGACUCUCUUCGCCAUGAAAAUAUCAACUUGUUGGAUCGUUUAAAAGGCAAUGGGAAAAAUGUUGGUGCUUUAACAUUCAAGCUAGACAAGGAGAUGUGGACUCGUGUAUGUUACUUGCAAAAUCAAGGACUGUCAAUGCUUAAUGAGAGUAAUCAGUUAUGUUCUAGGUUGCUUGCUUUCAUCAAAGGAAAAGGAAACCAGCAACAAGAAACUCAACAUGAUUUAGAGCUAUUCAGGAAUGGUUUAAAUGGUCAAUUUCUUGUUGAAUGUGACAUGAAAGUGCAGGGCUUUAAACGUGGAACUGAAAAUCUUACAAGGAGUUUGCAAACAACAUCCAGUUUGCUGCAUGAGAAAUCCAGUGAAUUGCAAUCUCAGGAACCUAAUAGGUCAAGGAAACUAAAUGAUCAGGAAAUUACACAGACUGAGCUUAAAGCAGAAAUUUUACUAACCAGUUUGUUGAGAGAAAAACUAUAUUCCAAAGAGCUGGAGGUGGAACAACUGCAAGCUGAGUUGGCGGCAGCAGUGAGGGGUAAUGAUAUCCUCAGGUGUGAAGUUCAAAAUGCAAUGGACAACAUUUCUUGUCUAACUCACAGACUGAAGGAUCUUGAACUUCAGAUGUUGAAGAAAGAUGACAACAUAAACCAUCUUCAAAAUGAUCUUCAAGAAUCCACUAAGGAACUAACAAUCAUGAAGGGAAUAUUGCCCAAGAUUUCUGAGGAAAGAGAUUUGAUGUGGGAGGAAGUGAAGCAGUACAAUGAAAAGAACAUGCUUUUGAAUUCUGAGGUUAACUUGUUGAAGAAGAAGAUCGAGACUCUAGACGAAGACAUACUUUUGAAGGAAGGUCAGAUAACAAUCUUGAAAGACGCACUAGGCAACAAAACUUUUGACCUACUUGCCUGUCCUGACUCUAUGCACGAGUUGCUUCUAAAAUGAUGUUAACAGGGCAAGUCUUUUUGCUUGGGUGUGCGAUCACUGUUCAUACUUCAUAGUCCUAUACUUUUGAAUUUGGGGUUCUGGGGUUUGCUUUUUUAGUUUUUCCUUUUUGUAUUCUUCUGUUUCUUUUUUCUUGAAAUAUUUGAUGGGCAGGAAAUUAAGGGAAAAAGAUCUCGAUUCUUUUGUAAUAGAUAUGAACUCAUCACGAUUGUAUGUAAUUGGUUUCUAUCUGAUAAACCGAAAGGAAGGGCAUCUUCCCUUCUGCCCUGUUUAAGGGUUUGAU